UGCUAUGGUGACGUGGGAUGUCACGAUUAAUAUUUGAUGGAAAAAUGAAAAUAUUUUACGUAAACAACCAAAACUCAAUGCAUAAAAGUGGUUUUUUGUUUGAUAGUCCCGAAUUAUGUGUUAUUUAAUAGUAUAACAUGGCCAGUACUUCCCAAGCAAGGGAAAUUUUACAUGUUGUUGUACUAUGCUUUAUAUGGUACGGCGUAAGCUCAGCAAAUGGAGUGAUUUUAAAAACUAUUCUAAAUGAUUUUCCGUAUCCAAUAACAAUUACGAUGGUUCAGUUGCUAACUGCUACUUUAUUUUCUGGGCCUUUGUUUUCGUUAUGGGGUAUACGAACUGCAGUUGAUAUAAGUAGUACAUAUUAUUGGAAGUUGAUUGUUCCGCUUGCUUUUGGUAAAUUUUUUGCAUCUGUGUCAUCCCAUGUCAGUAUAUGGAAAGUGCCUGUGUCGUAUGCACAUACAGUAAAAGCUACAAUGCCACUAUUCACCGUUGUAUUAUCCAGAAUAGUAUUAGGAGAAAAACAAACAUACAAAGUGUAUUUUGCAUUAGUGCCUAUUAUUAUUGGAGUCUUAAUAGCUACUGCAUCUGAAAUUUCUUUCAAUGUCAUAGGAUUGGUCAGUGCCCUUCUAUCAACUAUGGGAUUUUCUUUACAGCAUAUUUUUUCAAAAAAAGUUUUAUGUGAAACAAAUAUACAUCACUUACGGCUUUUGCACAUACUUGCUAGACUAGCUUUACUGUUCUUCCUGCCAGUUUGGGGUUUAUAUGAUGUCAGAGCAAUUGUGCAAGAUGACAAUUUAUUUCAGGGCAAAGAUCCCUUUCUUAUUUCCUUCCUGAUAUUUUGUGAUGGGCUAUGUAACUUUGCACAAAACAUUGUUGCCUUCAGCAUUAUCUCUUUAGUAUCACCUCUGACUUAUUCAGUUUGUAAUGCAGCAAAAAGGAUAUCAAUAAUUGCUGUGUCUCUCGUUUUACUUGGAAACCCGGUGACAGCUUUCAACUUUUUUGGAAUGAUGCUAGCAAUAUUUGGAGUACUGAUGUAUAAUAAAGCUAAAUAUGAUGCAAACCAAGAAAAGCUCAAAUCAGCAUCUCUUCCAUUCACAACUAAGAGUGAAAACUUGCUUCUACAAUUUGAUUCUGAUCAAACUUCUGUGAUAAAUAAGUUUUAUCCAUUAGAAGUGCCAAAGAAAAAUGGCUAUAUUCAUUUGCAUCAAAUGAGGAAUGGAUCUCCAAAUAUGAAAAAUAUAUGAUUUAGUAACUAAUGAAUAUAUUUAAAAAAUAAUGAAUUAUCACUGUUAUUGUUUGCUUUCAAAAAUCAUUUACAGUUAAGAUACAUUUUGUAAUUGCAACAGGAAAACAACAGUUAUUUGUUACAUUUUUGCAACUUAAAAAUAGUCUGAUCAUGUUGUCUAAAUUAACAUUCAUUUUGUCAUCUCUUUAUUAAAAUGUCUUACAGAGAAA